AUGAGCCUCGGCUCCAAGUGCGGAGCGGUCGCGCCACUGGCAAAUGUUGCAAUGCAGCAGUGGCGAAAGCGAAGGCAGCGUAGCUGCACCGAAGGCAGAGAUAGCAACCGCGGCGUGAAAUGUCACGGCACAAACGAUCAGCAGCGGGUUCGUGAUGGCAGCCAGCACGCUGAGAUGCACAACACACCUGUGAUCUAUCGUUUGCAGCAGCGUGAUACCAAUGUAGUGGUGGUGACGGCUGCCUCCGUGGGAGAAGCAAGUCUGCAGAGGCUGCUGGGUACUAUUAGCGCAGUCCGAGCUGCCGAUGGCGACUCGUGGUGGCGCGGCUUUUGGCCCGGCGGAGAUUGCAGCCAGCGCGAUGAAUGGACCCUGCGGGGAGGCGAGGAGACGGGCGAGCUGCGACGGCCGAGGAGGCCUGAGCCGCUGCGGACAGAGGCCUGCAAGCGACCGGCGUCAUCGUCAAACCAAUUUUGUCGCUUCAGUGCGCAGUUUUGUCGCUUCAGUCCAAUUACUGUUUCGGCGCGGCGGAAGGCGCCUACUCCCGUGGCAGCUUACAUAGGGCUCGCCCAUGCUCUCGCGCUGUCGCUGCCACGGCGUGCCCUCGUCGCGGCCUCGAUCGCCAUCGCAGCCUGCGCCGCCGCCGGCCUAUGGCUGACACGAGGUCACUGGGGCGCCGCGUUGCAGCUGCUGAGGCAGGAGGCGGAGCGGCGGCGCGAGGAGGCGCCCGGCGCAGUUGCCGCCUGCUGCGUCCUCGUCGUCGCUCUCUGGGUGACGAUUGCCUACCUGUACGGGCUGAGGCUCGGCUUCCCUCUCGUCUACCUCGGCAAGGUGCUCGGCUGCCUCUCCGCGUUUGCAAUCGGCCGCUCCUGCCUGCGAGACUGCUGCGAGCGCCACGUCCGCAAGACGCGGCUGCUGCGAGCCGUCGAAGGCGCCGUCGCCAAGGAGCCGCUUCGGAUCGCCUUUCUGUCGCGCGCCGCCUACCUCCCCAUCGCGUUCAAAAACUACGGCCUCGCCGUCCUCGACCUGCCGUGGAGCGCCUUCGUGGCCGCCUUGCUCACCGUCGAGGUCUGGAACUCGCUCCAGUUUGCUCUCAUCGGCUCCGCGGCUCGCUCGGUCGGCGGCGGCAGCGGCGGCGGUGGCGGCGGUGUUGGCGGUGGUGGUGGCGGCGGCGGAAUCCCCACCGGCCUCGCCAGCGGCGGCGGCGG